UUUUUUUUUUUUUUUUUUAAAUUUCCAGGUUCUUAUUUUGGUCAAGCUUACACAUGUUCUAUUGACAUGUACAGUGAGUAUCUCUCGCAUCUUGGUGAAAAGAAACAAAAAAUGUGCAUCUAUAUUUAUAAUGUAUAUAUAGAAUCUUCUGGGGUCUCACUUUUAGUAAUGGAAUGUAUCGGCCAUCCAUACAGUCAAAAAGAAAUAGAUAUCUUUUUUUACGAGAAAAGCUUGAUGUAUGUAAGCAAUAAAGGCGCAUCAUGUACAUGGUCCCACUGUGCCUAAAUCAGCACUCUAAUCAAAAAAAAAAAGAAAAAAAA